AUGCACCUGAAUCUUUCCGGGGUUGCGUUUGUAACAGGUGCUGGCGGUAGUAUUGGCCAGGCCUGUAUACUCCAAUUUGCGCGCGAAGGUGUUCAACGCUUGGUUGGCUUAGACCUAUCCCUCGAAUGCCUGAAGACCACAGAGUCGCUCUUACUCAAGGAGUUUCCGAACGCACAGUUUCUGCCGUUGCAGGUGGACCUGGGAGUUGAGAGGGAAGUUGACGAAGCGUUCGAGAAGGUCCUCAGAGUCUUCGGGCGCAUUGACUAUGCGGUGAACAAUGCAGCGGUACCAGGCCCGUUCCGACCAACUGCUGAGAAUACUCUGGCAGAUUUGGACAAGGUUCUUGCCGUUAAUGUGAAAGGGAUAUGGCUCUGCGAACGUGCUGAGGUGAGGUUGAUGGAGAAGCAGGAUCCGCCUCCUUCCCAAGCGAAAGACUUCCGUCUACGAGCAAGAGAUUCGAGAGGUUCCAUCAUCAACGUAAAUUCAAUCUUGGGCGUCGUAGCUAUGCCUGAGAACAGUCUCUAUACCGUUUCCAAGCACGCCAUUCUCGGUUUGACGAAGACGGAUGCCCUUGAUUACGCCAAACUCGGGGUCAGAGUCAACUCUGUAUGCCCGGGUUUUGUUGAUACCCCACUGAUGACGCCUGAUAUUCGAGACUUCUUGAAGCCCAAUAUUGACAAAACCCCAAUGCGUCGCCUUGCUCUCCCAGAAGAGAUUGCUGAUGCAGUUGUAUUUCUCGCCAGCUCCAGGUCCAGUUAUAUGACUGGGGCAACGAUGAUAGUCGACGGGGGAUAUACGAUCCACUGAGAGACUGAGUUAGUUGGUUGGAAAGAAACAGCGAUGGUACUGAGCCUCUGCCGAAUGUGUGUCACAUCCGUAUCUUCAUAUAUGAAUAGAACAAUUUCC